AUGUCUUCUUACUAUCAACACUUCAACGCUCAUCAACAGCAUACGAUUCCUUCCAAUGCUCAAAAUGGUUCGGUACACAAUCGAAGGAACCGAAACACCCGUCAACCCCCAAAUUCCAUUCAACAAACGAAACAACAUCAAAAGAUGGCGAAACGUGAAGAGGAAGCCGCCGUGUUGAUGACUUAUCGUCGAACAUUCGAGUACGCCAGAUCGUUCGAUUUAGAAGAUGACGCCGAAUUCUGUCCCAACCUCUUGACCGAAGAAGACAUGGUAUCAAUCAAUGGUGGUUCGGAUCGUUCUUCUUUGGCAAGUGGUUCACCGACAAACUCACCUCCAUCGACACAAGUCUCGAUAAACUUAUCUCCUGACACAAACUUUUCCUUAAACUCCAACUCUCAUUCAUUUGUUCAAUCCGGUUUCAACGUUUCAGCACUCAAGAUUCAUCAACCUUCCGCUACACGCAUUGGGAGAAACGCCAUUCCCAUCGUGAACCCAAAUGACGGAGGAUUAAUGUCGAGCCCACCUACUUCGGUAUCACCCGCCAGGAUGCAACAACAUCAACAAUCAACCAGAGUGCCAGUUCGAUUUUAUUAG